AAGAGUGUAUGCAGAACGACUUCCUUCCUGUUUGAAGUUGAAUACAGUUGCAUAUACGUUACAACAAAGAGACAGUGUGGUUAUAUUUUAUAAAGUUUUUUUGUAUAGAGUGUAUAAUGGCGGAUGUUACAGCACAGAAGGUUCAAGAAUACAAGGAUUCUCUAAAAACGAAGGCUGAACAAUUGUUACUAAAAGGAUUUCCGGAGAAAAUUGUCAAGCUGAAUGAAUUAUUAGAGACUCCUGGUUUCUGCAAUAGAAAAUUGUCAGAUGUACAUCAAGACUUGAAUGUGCCCAUUCCAGACCCAAUUGUUCUCAAUCAUUCCGUAAAUGAAUCUGCUACGAAAAAACGAAAGGCAGAAAAUAGCAUAGAUGAAACCACUGGAACCAAAGUGAUGGUAUUGCCAAAUGGACCUGUUCCCUGCAACAAACCUUUGUGUGAUCUUAUUCACAUAGUUAAACCUUAUAUUCGACAACUAUUAGAAGAUUCUAAUUUGUUGAAAAUGUGGAUUUCAUACUUGAUUCCAAAAAUCGAAGAUGGUAACAACUUUGGUGUAUCAAUUCAGGAAGAUACACUCGCUGAAAUACAAUCAGUUGAAAGCGAGGCAGCUGCAUUUUUCGAUCAAAUAUCUAGGUACUUCAUCUCUAGAGGGAAGAUCGUUAGUAAAGUUGCGAAAUAUCCACACAUCAGCGAUUAUAGAAGAGCAGUGCAAGAAUUGGAUGAAAAGGAAUAUGUCAGCUUAUGGCUGGUUAUGUGCGAGAUCCGUAAUCGCUAUUGUUCUUUGCAUGAUUUGGUAAUCAAGAAUUUGGAGAAGAUAAAGAAACCGCGCUCUUCCAAUGCGCAAUCUUUGUAUUGAAAGCCACAUAUGUUAUUUCUAUCUGACACUGUACAGUAUCACUGGAGAGAGGAGAAACAAACGAGCAGAAAGAAAAUAAGAAAAAAAAUAUUUGCGAUGAAGAAAGCAUCUUUCAUUUUGUAGUAGCCAACUCGAAUGAACUAUUUCUUUUUUUACUUGAAUGUCUUAACACUGAUCCCUUCACUCAAACGUAUUCAAAGCAACAUAAGACAGCACUGUGAAUUACGACGAUAGUUGCGUUACACAUUAAGAGAGAAUAAUAUAUGUAUGUAUAUACACAUAUGUAUAAAACAAAGUACAUUCAACAAAUUUAAUUACUGAUUGUUCUUGCUACUAAUCAAAAAUUGGAAUUAAUUUUAAUCUGUUGAACAUUUACAUAUUUUUUAGAAAUACAGUUUUCUCUUCCCAUGUUUUCCCUGCAUCCACCAACAUUAUCAUCCUUUUCUUUUUUCAUAAAAUUAACUUUAAUUACAUUGUGUGACGUACUUAUUAAAAAUUAAAAAAAGACGCGAAUGUAUUGAAAUGUUUAUCUUUUCAUCUAUAUGAAUUUAGAAUAGAGUUAAGCGUGUAAUUUGUAAUUUACAGUUGUAAGAUCGCUAGAACAUAAAUGAUAUAACAUAUGACAAA